CCCUCUUCGUCCAACUGAACCACAACACGUCGCCUUCGACCCCCGGGGCUCCGCUAAAAGCCGCGGCGCCGCGGAGCCGAGAGCUUCUGCGGGCGGAGACAUGCGCUCCUUCGCGGGACUGGCCGCCAUCGUGGCGGCGGCGUCUGUCUACCUCUACCUGCUGUCCACGCACCUGCCCCCGGGGCCGAGGCGGCCGGAGUCCGACGGGGAGGACGCGGAGACCGAGGGGGAGGUCCGGGAGCUCCGGGAGCUCAGGCUGAGGUUCCCGUCCGACCUGGAUGAGCUGCGGGAGCUGGCGGACCUGCUGAAGUUCUACAAGCGAGAGCACUACGGCUACGUGCUGCUGCUGUUCUGCAGCGCCUACCUCUACAAACAGUCCUUCGCCAUUCCUGGCUCCUCCUUCCUGAACAUGCUGGCUGGAGCCAUAUUCGGUCCGUGGGAGGGGCUGCUGCUGGCCUGUCUGCUCACCACCUCAGGCUCCACUUUCUGCUACCUGCUCUCCUCCACGUUCGGAAAGCAACAUGUGGUGCAGCUGUUCCCUGAGAAAGUGGCUCUGCUGCAGAGGAAGGUGGAGGAAAACCGUAGCAGUUUAUUCUUCUUCCUACUUUUCCUUCGCUUCUUCCCCAUGACUCCAAACUGGUUCCUGAACAUCACCUGUCCUGUCCUCCACAUCCCAAUGCCAAUUUUCUUCUUCUCUGUGUUGAUUGGUCUGAUUCCAUACAACUUCAUUUGCGUCCGUACGGGCUCCAUGCUCUCAGAGCUCUCCUCCCUGGACGACCUCUUCUCCUGGAGGACACUGAUCCAGCUCCUGGCCAUUGCACUCGUGGCACUGGUCCCUGGAGCGCUCAUCAAACACUACAGCAAAGAUCGCCUCAAGGUGGACGGCUUGGGCAGCAACGGAACCAGUCCGGAUGGAGUCGAGCAGGACCGGAAGAUGCGCUGAUUCUGGGACCGCUACUGAGGUUUUAACCCUCCCCACCGGUGAGCAUGUGACCUUUUGCCAACUCCAGCCUUGUAAUGUUCCUAAGGUCACAUACUGGUGGUAGAAUGGUAUGAACCGUUCUUAAAGUCUGGAAAUGUCUUCAGGUCAUGUUACAACAAACUUUAAAGCUACAGUUUCCCAGAGCUGUCAACUAAAGCUCACAGCUGAAGUUUUAGAGUCAAGAGCGUAAACAAGGACAAGUCUUAAGUUUACUGAGACUGAACGUUUGCUCCUGAGCUCUCAGGUGAACACGGAACAUUUUAUUCUCAAGCAAAAUUAAUAUUAAUAAUUCUUCACAGGGACUCAGCCUGUAGUGGUGCAGCGUCCAUUCGAAAAGGUGCUCAUUGUGCAAUAACUCACUGUUAAUGUCACUUAAGUUUUUUAUAUGUAAACUGUUUUAGCUUUAAAAGCACUAAAUACAUCUGAAGCUCCGCUGACUUUAGAGUCAAGGAGGGUCACAUUUACUUGGAGGAACUAUUGUUGUUGCAUACUUGGACUUUUAAAUGUCCGAUUAUGUUUCUUAAAGCACUUACUGAUGCGUCUUAUUGCAGCUGCGGCUGCGCUCACAGAAAAGUUGUCUAAUCUUCUCAUGAGUGACUCCAAAAAAAAGGCAUAUAAUAGAGAAAACAAUUAAUUAGUAGUUAAUUUGCAGAAAGUCAUGAGAAAAUCACAUUGCAUAUGAUGUUUGCACAUUGUUUCUGAUUAAAUGAGAAGUGUCCCAUUCUACUCUGGGUAGGAUCUUGCCAAAGGUCCUGUUUUAGCUCUUUCAUUCAUUUUUCCUUUUCUUAACUAGUUAUGCCGUUUGUAUUUGUGGACUGUAUAAAUAUUAUCUGUAAUGUCUUUUGUUAGUUCUACUAUUUUUUAUUAAUCUAUGUAAAGACAAAGUGAAAUGUGAGAUUUUUGAUGCAAAGAGAAUUUUAUUUGUGCCUUUGA